GGUCCUCCGGGUAAAAAUUCAUGAUUAGAAGAGGACGUAACUUUGAUUUUUCCUCUUAAGCAAGCAAGGUGCAACGUGGUUCUCUGGUGUCCCCGCGUUAUCUAUUUAUUUCCCAAACGCACCCUUCUUCGUCUUCUUCUACUACUUCUUCCUUCUUUUCUCCAAUUGCAAAAUUCUCCGUAUCUCCAACUAUCAAUGGCGACAAUUUCUAUAUCAAAUGGCUUGAAAACUCUGUUCACUCUUCUGGGAGCUCUCAUGCUUGCUCUCCUUCUUUACACACUCAUUACCGACGGUUUCCCCUUUCGCAAAGAACUUCUCACUCCGUGGAUGGCAGCAACUUUGAUUGAUUUCUAUAUCAACGUUACAAUUUUGAGUACCUGGGUUAUUUACAAGGAAGCAAACUGGAUCCGCUCAAUUCUAUGGAUAAUUUUACUUAUCUCCCUUGGAAGCAUUGCUACAUCUGCUUAUAUUGUGUUGCAAUUUUUGAAGCUGUCAUCUCAAGAAUCUUCACAGGACCCUAUGAGCUAUGUUCUUUUACGACAUCCACACAAGUAUGUCUACAAAAAAACAACUAGAGAGAGUGGCACAGAGCCAAAUACAAAAUGUUCUACUGUUGCGACUCUAAGAAUCCUUUUCAGCGUUUUGGGUGUUGUCAUGCUUGGAACCUUGGUAUACACUCUUGUCACUGAUGGAUCUCCUUUCCGUACGGAGCUGUUGACUCCGUGGAUGCAAGCAACACUAGUUGACUUCUAUAUCAAUGUUGUGGCCAUAGCAGUCUGGGUUGCCUACAAAGAAUCUAGUUGGAUUUAUGCUGUCUUUUGGGUGAUUCUAUUGAUAUGUUUUGGCAGCAUCACUUCAUGCGUCUACGUUGUAUGCCAGUUGUUCAAGAUAUCUUAUCAGGAUCCUGCUUAUCUUAUUUUAGUGCAUCAUAGUGACAGAAACGGCAAUGGUUAUUGAUGGUAGGGCAGAAAACAAAUAUAAGGGGAUUUCUGCUGAUGCUACAUAGCAAUGGUGUUAAUGAACAAAAGGUGUGGUAUACUGAUGUAUAUGAUCAUACAAAUCUGAAGUAAAGAGGGAGCAGAUAAUCCCUGAGUAGAUGCUGUGACCCCAGAAGACAGAAAAUUAACAUACUGAUGAAAUUGAUGCCAGGAGAAAGCCUUUGUAAACACUAGUUGGUAGUUGGAUGACAUUCUUCUCGGUAUAAAUAAAUGAAACACAGUUAUAUCCCUAGUGUAAUUUUUUAUUUUAUAGUUGUGUAAUUUGAACUUCAAAAUAUAUUCACGGAAUGUGCUUUUCUAUUUGUUUAUAUCUAUUUCUCCCUUCCCUUUA